ACCAUCCAGAGCGCUUCGUCACUGCUUCAUUUGUUUGGAGGAUUCAAGGCCUGUUGCGGCGAACGAUCGAAAUUGUCCGAGUGAUCCUUCACGUCCUACAAAAACGAAGCGUCACUAUCAUUGCACCUUCCCUCCUCGAAUCAGCUUCUUUCGUUCGUCUCCGAACGUGACUGGCGUGGACACUCUCAUUACGAGUUUCACACCAUUACACUUAGGCCUGUCAGCUCCGAAGAUCUUCUCGUUGAUAUCGAAACAUUCAAACUUAUCUCAAAUGGGCGGCGCCACGUGUCCGCACUUGAAGCAAUAUGCUCAUCUAAAUCCGCCUCGUCCAUCAGAAUCGGUCUAUCGUGAGGACUGUACCCGAUGCUUCGACAGUGCCGACGAUGAAGCCGGUCUUGAUGUGUGCCUGCACUGCUUCAACGGGGGUUGCGCUGGCGAACGCGUUCAUGGGCAACAGCAUGCGAAGCAAUUCGAUCACCCACUGGCCGUUCGCAUUCAGCGCUCAAGGAAACGCAAGUCACGCGACGACCAUGAGCCACCGGAGAAGAUGAAGAAGUUGGAGAUCAAGGCCGAGACCGAUGCGGAAAGAUAUGACACCAAGACAGAGCUACACUGUUUCGAGUGCGGUGUUCAUGGCCUGUCCGAUGCAGGUCAGCUGGAUCAGGUGGUCCAGGGCGUGUUGAAGGCCAACACAUUUGCGCAGCAAGAAGAAGUCAAAGCCUGGGAGCUAGAACUACAACCGUGUGAUCACACAAUAUUCAUGGAGCAAGAGCCGGCGCGAGAGAUACCCAGCGGAGCUUUGAGUCGUUGCAACGAUUGCGAGCUCAAUGAGAACUUAUGGCUAUGUCUCACGUGUGGAAACCUAGGCUGUGGGCGGCGGCAGUUCGGUGGCUCAGGUGGAAACAAUCACGGUGUCGAUCAUACGACAUCCAGCGGACAUGCGGUGGCUGUCAAGCUGGGAUCUUUGACGGCGGACGGAAAUGCCGAUAUUUACUGCUACCAAUGCGACGAGGAGCGCACUGAUCCCAAAUUGGUCGCACAUCUUGCUAAUUGGGGCAUUGAUAUCGCCAGCAGAGUGAAGACGGAGAAGAGUUUGGCGGAGCAACAACUGGAGCAGAACUUACAUUUCGACUUCGCAAUGACAGACGCUGAUGGUCGGCAACUUCGACCACUAUUCGGGCCAGGUCUGACAGGCUUGAAGAAUUUAGGCAAUAGUUGCUAUCUGGCAUCCGUACUUCAGGCCCUAUUUUCCAUGCCAGAGUUCGAGCAGAGAUAUCUUCGUCAUGAUGAACCGUCAUCGCUUCCGCAGAAGCCUGCAGAGGACCUGGAAAUACAAUUACGGAAACUUGCUGAUGGACUUCUCACUGGUCGAUACAGUAAACCAGAUACAGAUGUGAUGGCCUCAGGAGAUGUUGAUGAUAUUCCGCACCAGCGCGGCCUCGCUCCUGCAAUGCUCAAACACCUCAUUGGCCGUGGUCAUGCCGAAUUCGCUUCAAUGCGCCAACAAGACUCUUUCGAACUCUUGCUCCAUAUCCUCAAGCUCAUUUCACGGUCACAGCAAUCAUCAAGCGGAACCUAUUCGAACAUUAACGACCCUGUGGAUGCGUUUCGUUUCGUGAUGGAGCAGAAGUUGACAUGCUUGGCCUGCAAGAAGGUGAGAUACCGACAAGAUGAGAUGGAGAACCUUUCGGUCGCUGUUCCUAUUCGGAGAAAGGCUGCAGCGAAAUCUCCAGGCGGGGAUGAGAUCAUGACGACACCAUCUGCACAGGAUGCUAAAAUCGAGUCGGAGUUCGAGUCUGUCACGCUUGAGCAAUGUCUCGAUGAUUACACCGCGCCGGAACUCGUCGAGCUUACUUGUUCCUCCUGUGAGCACAAAUCGUUCUCCAAACAAUCAUUGUUCAAGUCAUUUCCUACGAUACUGGCCAUCAAUGCUCGAAGGUUUGAGAUUGUCAAUUGGGUUCCCACGAAACAGGAUGUGCCUGUCAUAGUCGGCGACAACUCUCUUGAUCUCGAUCGUUAUCGAUGCAAAGGCAAAAUCGAGGGCGAAGAAGAGCUUCCCGAUGAUGGCUCCGCCGGCGCCGAACAACAGAAUACGGCUUUCGUCCCGAAUGAGUCUGGUUUAGAAAUGUUGAUGAGCAUGGGCUUUCCGCGUGUUCGCUGCGAAAAGGCUCUCCACGCUACAGGCAACGCCGAUACCGAGAUGGCAGCCGCAUGGCUCUUCGAGCACAUGGAAGAUCCAGAUAUCGAUACGCCUCUACAGCUGUCCUCCAGUAGUGGCGGUGCUCAAUCGUCCUCUGCAGGCGGCGCUGCAGCCACCGUCGUGGAUCCAGAUAGUAUCGAAGCGCUCGGGAACAUGGGCUUCUCCGCACCCCAAGCACGUCAAGCCCUAAAGGAAACUGGCGGAGACAUGGAACGUGCGGUCGAUUGGCUUUUCAGCCAUCCUGACGCAGUGGGAGAUUUCGACGACGAUGCCAUGACUAUAUCCAACGAGACCGCCGCCGACUCAACUGUUGCUCCGACUAGUGCUGCUUCAACAAUUGGCGGCGAACCCACCGACACUGCUUCUGCGAAUUUCCAGCUCAAGAGCAUCGUUUGCCAUAAAGGCGCGAGCAUCCAUGCAGGUCACUACGUCGCAUUCGUUCGCAAGGAGAAUCUCCCAUCUCAGCCUACGCCCCAGCAGCAGUUGAAUACUUCAUCAUCGACAAUUGCAACUUCGGCGAAUGCUACUACGGCGGGGAGUGCGGGCACGGAGUGGGUUUUGUACAAUGAUGAGAAGGUGGCAUUGGGAGGCGAUGUUGAGGAGAUGAAGAAGUUUGCUUAUAUUUACUUUUUGAGGAGGGUUUGAGUAGUGCGCUUGCCAGUGGGGAUGGUGGAGUUGUGAGGAUUUGGGCAUGCUGAAGGGUUGUAUCAUCAGGAGGUUUGAGUAGAGAAGAGAAGGUCGGUUCUUUUGAUACCAGCGGAAGGCGUCGGAAGUUGGCGGCGAGUCUCGAUGUGGAUACAUUGCGUGGCCGUGGUGCAUUGAGAAAGGUGGUUGUUUCUAGUCGGGAGGUGUCACUGCGUGGGAGUUGAUACGGUGGACGUGAACAGCAUAGGUAUAUCUAUCGACUGAAGCUCGAAAAAUUGCCUUAUUGGCCUCACCUCUCAGCCUUGAAGGCAUCUUCCAAAACUCCGGCUGAACGUCGUCCUCGCUUCAAU